UUUUGAUAUUCUGGUCCGUGCAAGGAGGCUAACCAGGUCUAUGGCCACUCUAAGUCUUGUCCACCUGAGGUUUAUUCACGGGGGAAUAUGCCCACUAGCUCAAGAUGUCGGCUUCGUUUCAAGAGUAUACCAUACCUUCCCUCGCGCUACUAUCGAUACCGUUACCUUCUUGCUCGAAGCACAGAGACCUCUUAAGUGUUUGCUACUCGUAUUCCAACAGAAAGUCAUGGUUGCGAGAAAGCUCUAACAAAAAUCAUUAUUCUUCUUCGAUGCAUCGUGCUAAUAAUUUCUGAUACAGAAUCAUUAAUUCCCGACUCUUCAAGUUUAUCGUCGGCGAAACGAGCGAUGGCGUCCCGACAGAGUUCUCCGUUCACGAGGAAGCAAUCGCCCAGCUCUCCAAACCACUUCACAGCUUAAUGAAAGGUGGUUUAUCGGAGGCCCAAGUCGGCUGUACAAUAUGGAAAGACGUAAGCAAGGAAACUUUCGAGCUGUUUGUCCAAUUUGCGUAUACCGGCGACUACUCCAUACCAAAGACCGAGAAGCGCAACACGGCUGUGAUGCUAGAGAGGAUGGAGAGGAAUAGCCUCACUGACCAGGCGUCGCGAAGUACUUCAAGCGGAAUACGAACAUGGAAUAAGGCUGAGGAACUGAAUGAAGUUCUGGACAUCGAGGAAACGAAGGAGUACAUCGAGGAGCCGGUGGUGGACGAAGAAGAAAAGGUAGAGGAGGCUCCCUUCGACGAUGAUAGGAGAAUGUUUCGCAAAGGCAAAAAGGACAAAAAGAUGAAGGGUAAAGGAGUGGCGAAGAGUAGCUUUGGCUGGAAUCGGGAAGCAGAACCAUCGGACCGAAAAUCAAGCCCAGUCGUUCGAACUACAAGAGAAAAAUACCCGGAGCCACCCUCACCCAGGCUCCUCGCAGCCGACUUCCCCUUUCUCUCAUAUCCUCUACUAGCGCCUCGCAACAACUACGAUAGCACUUGCGAGCCAGUUGAACAGUUUGCACCAGACCAGAUUUAUUCCAACGUGCUUCUCGCCCACGCCUCGCUGUAUAUCUUGGGCGAUUACCAACUCAUCGACUCGCUGAAAGCACUGGCCUUGUACAAACUCCACAAGACGCUGUGCGUAUUCCAGCUCGAUGAUGAGAAUGUUGAGGAUAUUAUCGACUUUGCAAGGUAUGCGUAUUCUGAGGGUAGAGGAGGAAUUGGCGGGUUAAGGGAUCUGGUCUGUCGGUAUAUGGCUACGAAUGCAGUAGUACUAUCACAUAGUGAUGGAUUCAUGGACCUCCUGGGAGAAGGAGGUGAGUUUGUCAAAGAUUUUUUCAAGUAUGAAUUGCAAAUGAUCCAUUGAAGUUUGUUAUCCUUGGCCUCUAGAAUGUUAUCAACCUAGUGAUCAUCGUCAAGUCCUUCACGUCCAGUCGAGACGUAGACUGUUUUAAAA